AAACUUGUGAGAAAACGAAACUGAAUUGUGGCAGAAGUUAUAGUUUAACAAACAAGCACAACACACUCUCCAAUCCAACCAACAGUGCAGCUAAUCAUAAUUUACAUAGGCGAAGUGAAUAAAAUAUGAAAUCUUUGUAUAUAUUAUGUGCUGUGAUUUCCAUUGCAAAUGGCUAUUACUUUAAAGAUGAUUCAUGCUACAACCCUGGUUAUGACAAAGGCGUUAAAGAAGUCGUACUUACCAAAAGACCACAUGAAACCAUUGAUGUAAAAAGCUUACCGAAAGAGUAUGAUAGUAGAACAAUAAAUGGUAAAAACAUGGCUAGCACAACACGAAAUCAACAUAUUCCUCAAUACUGCGGUUCUUGUUGGGCACAUGGUACAACAAGUGCAUUAGCUGACAGAAUAAACAUCAUGAGGAAAGGAGCUUGGCCUUCAGCUUACUUGUCAGUUCAAAAUGUCUUAGACUGUGCAAAUGCAGGGACUUGUCAUGGUGGUGGUAUGAUCAGCGUAUACAAAUACGCUCAUGACAAAGGAAUUCCAGAUGAAACUUGUAAUAAUUAUCAAGCUAAAGACCAAGAAUGUAAUACCUUUAAUCAAUGUGGAACAUGUUCAACAUUUGGUGAAUGUCAUGUCAUCAAGAAUUACACAUUAUUCAGAAUUUCUGAAUAUGGAUCUGUGUCAGGCCGUGAAAAGAUGAUGGCUGAAAUAUAUCAACGUGGCCCUGUAGCAUGCUCAAUUAUGGCCACUCCUAAAUUGGACGCAUACACAGGUGGUGUGUAUUCUGAAUAUCAUCUUCUUUCGAUAUCUAACCACAUUAUCUCUAUUCACGGGUGGGGUGUUGAUGAUAAUGGUAUUGAAUAUUGGAUUGGACGAAACUCGUGGGGCCAACCGUGGGGUGAGCAAGGAUGGUUUCGUAUUGUUACUUCUACUUACAAAAGCGGCGAGGGAGGCUACUACAAUUUAGGAGUAGAACAAGACUGUGCAUUUGCUGUCCCAAUUUUACCGAAAUCAUGGAGAGUGUAAUUCUUUUACGUACUUAUUUUUUGUAUAUUUAAACGUAUGGACAAUCUCCUCGUAUAAUCUAACAUUAAAGCCAAUUAUGUUAUCUUUCUAAUUUAUGUUUUUGUAUGGUAUUUCACGUCUUGGCAUUUGUAUAAAAAUUUUUUAUUAAAGCUCUCACCGGAAAUAA